AGGUCAAAGAUGAGAGUUGACAAUAACUGAAUCACUCAUUGCGCCGCUGAGAAAUAGAGGCGAUGGACCGUUUUUGGUUGUUGAUGGUCGUCGGCCUUUUCACGGCCCAAGUCUGCGACCUCCAACAAAUCGAGCAUUCAGUGAUUCAGGAAUGCGAAUGUGCCAACGGAGUGAAGAGGCUGGAGAAAUUUGCCAGCAAAUUUGAAAAUUGGGUUGUGAAGGAGACGGAAUCAAAAAUGGAAAUCUCGACGCAGCUUUCGUCGCUGCUCACGUUGGUUGGCUCUGUUUUGAAAAGGCAAGAAAGUUUGGAGAAGAAAUUCGAGAACUCAGAUUCGUCGGUCGAGUGCAAAUCGUUGCUGCAGCAAAUUUCGAAUUUGACCAAAGAUGCGGAAACGUCGCAGAAGCAAUUCGACCAGAUGGUGUCAAAAAAAGAUGAGGAAAUAAAAUUGCAGCAGCAGCUAAUUUUGAUUUUGAAAGGGAAAAUUGGAAAUUCGAGUGUGGAAAGUGAUGAGUUAUUGAAAGACACUUCCUGCGAACGAGCUCGUUUGGCAAAUUUGACGCUGCUGCCCAACGGCAAAAAGUACUUGUUUUCCCACUCGAGCUUUGUCGACUGGAAUUCCGCGAACGAGUCUUGCGUCAAACAGGGUCUUCAUCUGGCCACGAUCGUGGAUCUGAAUGACGCACAAAUCGUGGCAAACCAAGGCCAGAGGGUCAAACAAGUUCCCGGAUGGUGGGUUUCGGCGAAAAACUUUGCGAGUGGGGACGAAAAGGACUUCCGGUGGCAGGACGGGACCAAUCUGGCCCUGGACAGUCCGUUGUGGGUGAACAACGCGGGAGACGAGAAAAGGGGCUGCGUUUUGAUCUACAACUACAACGUCGGCUUUCUGAACAGCAAUCCGUGCACCAGCGAGCGCCACUUCAUUUGCCAACUGCCCGCCGAAUGCGACUAGCAAAAUCCCAAUCAAAUUGAAAAUUCUUUUGCAUAAUUCAAACCUUUAUUACGAAUUGAUUCAAUAAAUUCUAAAUAUAUAUAUAUUGAUCAAAAUAUGUGUGUCUUUGACAUAAAA